AUGUCGGAUUCCAUCAGUAGUCAGUACGAGGUACUGGAGAAGAUAGGCCAUGGCUCGUUCGGAAUUAUUCGCAAGGUCCGAAGGAAGACGGACGGCAAGGUCCUCUGUCGAAAGGAGAUCAGCUAUUUGAAGAUGUCCCAAAAGGAACGUGAACAAUUACACGCCGAGUUCCAAAUCCUGUCGACUCUCCGACAUCCCAAUAUCGUCGGUUACUAUCACCGCGAACACCUCAAGCAAACCCAAGAUUUACACUUGUACAUGGAGUACUGUGGCAAUGGCGAUCUCGGCCGAAUCAUUCGAGGUCUCAUCCAGCGCAAAGAGUAUGCCGAAGAGGCAUUCGUCUGGGAGAUAUUCGCACAGCUGGUCACCGCUCUUUACCGAUGCCACUAUGGAAUAGACCCUCCAGAAGUUGGGAAGAAUGUGUUAGAGAUAGGCCAUGCUGGCAAGAAGGUGCCGCAUGGAGCUGUAACGAUCCUUCACCGAGACCUAAAGCCUGAAAAUGUCUUCCUCGGCGAAAAUAACUCUGUUAAGCUUGGCGACUUUGGUCUUUCCAAGAUGAUCCAAUCGCACGACUUUGCAUCGACCUACGUUGGUACACCUUUCUACAUGUCUCCCGAGAUAUGCGCCGCAGAGCGAUACACACUCAAGUCUGACAUCUGGUCGUUGGGAUGCAUCAUCUAUGAGCUUUGCGCUAGAGAACCUCCCUUCAACGCGAAGACACACUUCCAGCUCGUGCAGAAGAUAAAGGAGGGAAAAGUUCAGACACUACCCAAGGUAUAUUCUGGAGAACUUAUGGCUGUCAUUAGAGAUUGUCUGACAGUUAAUCCUGACAUGCGACCUGAUACCGCGAAGUUGCUCAACCUCCCUGUUGUGCGAUUGAUGCGCAAGGAACGAGAGGCUGUAGAAUUCAAAAGAGAUCUAGAAGCGAAGAGUGACCUUGUUGAUAUAAAAUUGAAGCAAUUAGAUCAAAAGAUGGCCAGCAUUGAAGCCGAGAAGGUGUACUUUGAACAAAAACUCGAAGCACAAUUGCGGCGAGAGUGGGAGGUCAAGGCACGAUUAGAGAUUGAUCGCCUUGUGAACGGAGAGAUAGCACUGCUUCGGCGGCGUUUUGAUGCUGAGGUCGACGCUCGAGUUCAAGAAGAAUUACAGAAGAAGAGGGUUUCAUUUGGACCGAUCGAAACACAAGAGUUCAGGUCAUCAUCGGCAUCCAAAUCGGAUUUUCCACGAUCUGCUGCUACAAGUGUUGACAGCGAGUUCCCUUCCACUACAGAUAUCACCGAAUUCUCAGUCGACUCGCCUGAAGAAAUUGCGCCUCUUAAGCAGAAUUCGCGCAUGCCCUUCGGCCGAGCUCAGACUAUGUUUGAGCGCAACCUCGCUACCCCAUCGGCAAUGGACGUCGAUAUGUCAUCGCCAUCGCCUAUGGCAAUUGCCUCUUUAUCCCUAUCACCUCGUCGUAAUGGUCCUAUUAAGGCCCCGACAUCACGUAAACCCUCCAUAUUUGAUCAAGAUCAGGAUCAUGACGAAUCCUCUUACAGGGUAGAUUCCAUGGAAUCCGAUUCCGAAGACGACGAUACUCCACCCAUCCCAUCACCGUGUCGCCCCCCGCGAAUAAACAAAAACCCCUUUGGUCCCCAGCGACCUAUUCUCACAACUACUAAGACGGCCCCCAUGAACCGUCUCCGGACCCAAGGCGCACUAGGCACUGCUAAGCCAGCCCCAUCUCUACCUGCAUCCGCCCCUGAGCCUCAAGUCCGCUCUCAACCUAGUAACGGUGCUCUCCGAGAGAAAGCGAACACUCCCAACCGAAGAUUGAGCAAGAUUCCUUCUGUUGCAAAUCUAGGCGCACAAAACGGAGAAAAUGGCAUGCAGCGAACCUCAUCGCUUAAGAAGGAACACGACCAGGCAUUUACUAAGGUCAUUGUAAAGAACAAUAUCAAGGGUCGCUCCCUGGUCGAACUUCAGCAAGCACGAGCCGGCGGGCGACCGGUCGAGAGCACGACUGCUAGUCCCAAGCGUAGCUUUAAAGACCGGGCAUUCGCCGAGCCUGCUGUUUGGGAUCCGGAGAAGGACGAGAUGCCCAGUCCUUUCCUGGUGCGCAAGAAGCAGCCCGUGGCUCGAGUAUGA